CACGCCGAAAGGGAUGGGGAUAUCUCAGAAUGAACAAUACAAACUGACCAGUUACCUUCCUCCAUUUACCUUCAUGGGACCUUCAAUCCAACUAGAAGAUAUCUUCGGGAGGUCUACAAAUACUGAGAUAAACUCUUUAUCAGACACAAGACUCCAGGUUUGCCCCAAAACGAUGAACUACCGGGACCUGACAACUCACCAGGGAAUGGUCAAGAAAGAGAACGGGCCUGUGUUUCCAAACCCCAUCACCCAAAUGAAUCUUGCAGCCAUCUUCUUUUACCCUGCAGUCAAUCAACAGCAAUCUGUACAAAUGGAUCCAAACCUGGGCACAGCUCAUCGAGCACUUGAAUUCAACACUGACUCACAGGAUGACUCCAUGUCUCUGGAUUCUUUCAGUCUUCUUGGCAAUGCACUGCCAGCAGUCAAACCAAAACCUGAACCCUCGAACAUCUCUUUACCUACCUUGAUGCCAGCGACUCACACUCUCCCCACUCAAAUGAAUCCUGCAGCUGCAGAGGCCACAGGGAGCGAGACAAUCAAAUCAUUCUUUCAGACUCCACAGCGUUCUCAUCAAACCACCACCAACUUGGAUAAAACUCGUCGAGCACUUGAUUUCUCCACUGGUGUCAAGCAGGUGGAGGAACGGAUCUGGGCGAGUCCAACAACCAUAGCUCUGGAAACAGAUGUUUCUUCCCAAGACAAAGAAAAGGAGAAAGAACAAGAGGCUCACAAACUACAAAAGAUAAGACAAGCUAGUCUAAGGGCUGAGUUACAGCAGAAAAUUCAAAUCAGACAACGCAAGGUGAAUGAAGUCAAUUCAUCUGUUAAAGCUUGCAAGGGCAGUUUGGAUGCUGAGUGGGUGGAGAUCAACAGUGUGUUCUCAGAGGUGAUAAAAGUUGUAGAGGAUGCUCGACAGAAGGCCCUUCAACCUCUGGAGGACAGGAGACGGAAAGUGAAGAAAGAAGCACAAGAUCUGGUCCGGAGCCUGGAAGGAGAAAUUGGUCAACUUAAAAAGGCCAUUGACGAGUUAGACAAAAACCCAGACUUGCAGGUCUGCCCUCCAACUGGCCUGGAUGAAUCUAAAGACUGGACAAAUCUGAGUGUUGACACUUCCUUUUCCUUCGGAACCAUAAGAACUACAGUGUCAGCCAUGAUGGAACAAAUUCACCAGAAACUGGAUCAGCUAUCUCCAGUUGAACACAAGAGGAUUCCCAAGUUUGCAGCGGAUGUAAAGCUGGACCCACUGACUGCUCAUCAGUGCCUUGUUCUUUCUGUUGAUGGGAAAGAAGUGAGAGAUAGAGGAAAGAACCAGAACGUUCCCGAUGCUCCAGAAAGGUUUGACAUGUAUGGCAGCGUCCUGGGGCUCAACAGCUUGACCUCUGGGAAGUCUUACUGGGAGGUGGAGGUCAGCAACAAGACCGGGUGGGAUCUAGGCGUGACAAGAGGUGAUGCAAACCGCAAGGGGAAACUCUCACUGAAUCCAGAUAAUGGUUACUGGGUUACUGUUCAUUUUAAAGACAGUGAGUACGCAGCCCUGACAUCACCGCCGCUCAGCCUUUCCCUGAAAGAGAAACCUCAGAAGGUGGGAGUGUUUGUGGAUUACGAGGAAGGUCUUGUGUCCUUCUACAGUGUGACGGCUCAGUCUCAUAUCUACUCGUUUACUGAGUGCUCAUUCAGGGGUGAGAUCUUCCCAUAUUUCAGUCCACAUCUUGAACAAAAUGGGAAAAACUCACAUCCUCUGAUUAUCUCCACUGUGGGAAACCAGUAGUGGAUCCAUGAAGUGUACUCUUAGAGCUGUAAUACAGCAUGACAUACUAUGAGUUCCAAAGAGCUGGAGUGCAGCAGUAUAAUAUAUAUGUUCCAUGAUGUAUAAUACAGAUUGUAUAUGGUUUUAUGUAAGUACUAUAAGCAGUGCUGACUUUCUAAAUAUUUCCAUUAAAGAGAUUGUUACAGGUUUCAAUUUAAAAUGUAAAUAAGAGCCAAUAAGAAACCAAAGAAA